UUUAAACUCGAACGUUAGCCGGGAGGAGCUAGGGUCUUUUGUCCAGAUUAUCGUAUGCGAUUGCUCCAUUGCAGGAGAGCAGGCAGAUUUUGGUCGAUAUAAAACACUCUCCUUUAGGUUCGGGUGACUUUUGGAUAUACACGGCCAUGUCUGGAAAAAUAAAGAGCAGAAGUGCCGCAAAUGCCGACUCUAUAGCAGGCAGCAUCUCCUGCGACGAGCGCAUCUUGCGAGACUGCCAUCAAAUAUAUAUCGAUAGCGACAGUGGGUUGAUUUCUCUGGCUCAGUCUGUGGGGGUGACUCUCCUACCACCCAGAAAGAAGAUUACUGUCAUGUUAAUGGGAAAUCACUCUGCUGGCAAGAGCUCCUUCAUUAACUGGUAUGUGGAGGAGCACAUCCAGCGCACCGGAGUGGCCAUUGAGACACAAGGCUUCAGUUUUGUCACCAGUGGGCGCAAGAGGGAGUCCCUCACGGGGAAUGCAACUCUACACCUCUACCCUCACUUCAAACCUCUACAGGAAUUCAAAGGACUGUCUGAGUACCUGGGCACAGAAAUCUGCACCUCUCGGCAAAAACGCUUCAGUUUGGUAACCUUUGUGGACACACCCGGACUGGUGGACGGUGAUAUGAUAUACCCCUUUGAUGUGGAUCAGGCAAUACUGUGGCUCGGCAAUCUGUGCGACCUGAUUCUGGUGUUCUUUGACCCUAUGGGGCAAGCACUGUGCAAGCGCACGCUGAACAUUGUGGAAAUGCUGAACGAGUGUCAAGGCGACAAGCUGCGGGUCUACCUGAGCAAGGCGGACGAGGCGGGAAACGAGUCAGACAGACAGAGGGUGAUGAUGCAAAUAGUACAGGAGCUGUGCAAGCGGCCAGGACUCAACAAGUGUGGAUUUGACAUGCCAACUAUCUAUAUUCCCAAUCCUAACAAGCCAAGCCGCUGUGUCAAUCAGAUUGAAGAGGUGUGUAGGACCAUUGAAAAGACCAUCAAUCAGACGGUACAGAACACACUGAACUCUCUGGAGAAAGACUGUGAGCUCAUCAGUGAAGCCGUCGCUGAUAAGCUCAACGCCGACAGGCAGAGCAGUAUAGAUAACCGGAGGGCCAGGUUCAAAGGCUGUCUGCUGGGGCUCCUGGGGUUCUCUGUGCCCUUGCUUCUGCUGGCUUUCCUGGUUCUUGGCAGUCUGUCCAAAGAGAUGCUGGAGAUGUUGCUGGGCGUGGAGGGCAGAGAGGCACUCUCCCUCUACCUGACUCCCGUGGUGAGAGCGAUUGAUUCUCUGAGCAGCCAGAACCAGCUGUACUGCUGCGGGGGACUUGUGCUGCUCUCCUUCAUCCUCCUCAUUCUGGCACGUCUGUCUUUCCGCACUCAGCCUACUCUGUCUAGCAGGCAGAAGAGGCAGCUGCAGGAGAAACUUGAAUAUGUGCAAGAAGUGGUGAAAACUAAGAAGAAGAAGCUCUAUGAAGAAUACUUGCGUCAGAGUGUUGGUGAUCAUGAUAUGGACUGAUCAAAAUGAAGGAUGAAGAGAAGCACAAAAUACUACACAGCACUAGAAUACCACUAUACAUACCUGCACUAUGGAGGACCAAAUAUUUUCCAGGCUUGUGUUUUUCAGGGAUAUGUUUCUGACAAUGCCUUACUCAGACAUCCGUAUCAAGGUGAUUCAGUUUGAUUGUCAAAAAUACUGUUAACUUCCAAAACAGACAUAUUGCUUAUGAAUACGAUUACUGAUCUUUUGUAAAAAAAAAAA